CUAGUGAAUGAAAAUCAGUCAACAGAUUGGCUUUGUGCGUUAAAUAGGAAGAAUAGCUAAGUGUAGUGUUAAGUGUAAUAAACUUAAAAAAAUCAAACAAAUUAAUUUGCUAUUUAGAUAAAUUACAAUUGAAAAAUGGCUGCUAUCAAAGAUCAAUUAUUAGUUCCGAUUGCCGAAACUUUACCAUCAGCUGGAAACAAAAUUACGGUCGUUGGUAUUGGACAGGUUGGAAUGGCAUGCGCUUUCAGUAUUUUAACUCAAAAUGUUUCAAAUGAUGUUUGUCUUAUUGAUGUUUGCGCUGACAAAUUGAAAGGUGAAAUGAUGGAUUUACAACACGGUUCUAAUUUUCUAAGGAAUCCAAAAAUAUCUGCUGGUACUGAUUAUUCUUUGACGGCUGGAUCAAGAAUCUGUAUUGUAACCGCUGGAGUUCGUCAAAAAGAAGGCGAAAGUCGUUUAUCUUUAGUUCAACGAAAUGCUGACAUUCUUAAAGGAAUUAUACCGCAGCUAGUAGAAUUUAGUCCAGAUACAAUUCUUUUAAUGGUAUCCAACCCAGUUGAUGUUAUGACAUAUGUAGCUUGGAAAUUAUCUGGUUUGCCAAAAAAUCGGGUAAUAGGAAGUGGUACUAAUUUAGAUUCAUCUAGAUUUCGCUUCUUAAUGUCACAGCGACUAGGUGUUGCUCCGACUUCCUGUCAUGGUUGGAUCAUAGGUGAACAUGGUGACAGCAGUGUACCAGUAUGGUCUGGAGUUAAUAUAGCUGGGGUACGUUUACGUGAACUAAACUCAGAAAUUGGUACAAAUCAUGAUGAUGAGCAUUGGAAUGAAUUGCAUGCUCAAGUUGUAAGUAGUGCUUACGAAGUAAUCAAAUUAAAAGGAUAUACAUCCUGGGCUAUUGGUUUAAGCAUUGCAGCUUUGGCUUCUGACAUUCUCCGAAACACUAAUAAAGUUGCAGCAGUAUCUACAUCUGUUAUGGGUGAACAUGGUAUUGAGAAAGAUGUUUUUCUCUCAUUACCAUGUGUACUUAAUUCAAACGGUGUUACUAGCAUAGUUAAACAAAUUUUAACUCAAAGUGAAACGGAGCAACUACGUAAAUCAGCUGACUUAAUGGCAGAAGUUCAAGCAGGAAUCAAGUUUAACUAAAAAAAGUUACCCUCUGAGUGGAUUUUUAUCUCUAAAUCAAAAAUUUGAAAUUGCUUUUCAAAAAAUGUAUUAAAUUAUAAGUGUAAUAGUAAUUAAUCACAUUUGAAAUAUUUCCUAAUUUAAUCAAUAUUACAUCUACCAAAAAUAACAUAAAUUAAGCACUAACUCUUAUACAAAGAUAUAAAGUCUAAAGUAGGGUCUAGUAUGAUUUUACUGAAUUGCUACGAUAUUUUAUUUAGAGAAAUUGAUUUCGAUUUUUGAGUUCUACUCUAGUAACUUUUAAAUUAUAGAAUAUUACAAAAUAGGUCACACUAGAAGAUUACUAAAUAAGAUGCCCUUUUUCUUGAAAUUUCUUUGAAAAAUGUUUGUGUGGGAUUUUACAUCCGUUUUGUAUAUUAUUUUUCGUUAUAUAAAGCAGCAGGUCGUCAAGUUUAGUAUUUUUAAUUAAUUUUAUAGAAAUUGGUUUAAAUUGUGGAAACAAAUCAUUUAAACGCUUAAAAUUUUGCUAUAAAUGUUAAUCCAUUUGUAAUGUAAAAUGGCAUCGACAUACAAGUGAAUUUAAUAAAAAUCAUGAAAACUGCAAAACAAUUGCAAAAACGAGAUCGUAAAAUUUACGUUCAUAAAAUUUAUUCUACUUUUUUAAAGUAAAAUUUACAAUUUUAGCCCGUUAUUCUGUUAAUUUAUUGCAAAUUGGUUGUUUUUAUAUUCGUCAUGUUUAAGAUUAAUGACACGAAGAAACAAUUGCCACAAUAGAAAUUUUCACAAACGCAAUACUGCAACAAUAAUUUCAAAAUGCAAUACUACAAAAACAUAUCGUAGUGAAUAUUCAAUAUAUUUUUGACUAUUCUAUAAAAUCAAAAAAGUUCAUAUGAUUAAACACUCAUACUAAUUUAUGCAUAACAUGCACUACUCUAACUAACUUCGCUAUAUUGUAAAAAAUUGGUCAUUUUUAUGAAUAAAUCUGGCUCGCAACAUCUGCUUAUGAACACAAAUAAAGCGCUAUUUUCGCUAUACAUACAUAUAUCGCGAUAUACGUACUGCGUUUAUGAAAACGCCGAAUAUUACUCAUAAUUUCUUAAUAUUAAACUAGAAAUGAUCUAUUAUAGACUAUAUUAAAGGUUUUAUGAAUAAAUUUAUAUAGAGAAUAUUUUGCAGUUCAUUAUAAAACAAUCUCAAAAAUACAUAAUUAUAUGUGUAUGUACCUCAACUAAUAAAUUCUUAUCUUUAUUAUCGUUAUUGAUACAUUAUCAUUUCCGAUCUCACCAACCGUGUUUUUAUAUCAAUGAACGUGCACCUACAAAGGUAUAUACGUAUUUUUAUGUACAUAAUAUUAUAUUACUUCUAUCACAUCAAACAGCAUUUUAUAUAUACAUUUGAAUUUUGUAAUCAUUUUUGAAAUACAUUUCAUUAUUUUUAUUUUUCUACAAAAAAUGUACACAGUUCACAAAUUUGAAAUGUUUUGAUUUAAAAAAAAUAUAUCAUAGCCAAAUUGUAAGAAAAAAUUUAUAUUUGUAUAUUUGUACAUAUAUAUAUACUUGUAUUAGAAUUUUUUAGACGUAUGUAGUAAAAAAUCUACCUCAAAACUAAACAACCGAAACUACCUCAUGUUACAAACUUUAUUGGCAACACAAUAUGUAUAUACAAACAUAGAUAACGUAUGUACAUAAAUUAUGUUUAUUGUUAUGAAUAAGUUUAUGUAAAUAUGUAAGAAUAAGGAACGUUCAAAGUAAGGUUAAUUGAUGUACAUACAUAAUUAAUAACUAAGUAUAACCAGCUACGGGUUCCUUCACGAGAUAAAAUCAAAAAAUAAUUUAAAUAAAAAAAUUGCUGAAAAUUAAAUCCUUUAUUAAAAAGUAAUAAGCCUUGAGGCUAGAAUUAUAUUUUACAACCUCAAACUAUCUUUUAAAUUUAAAAAUUUUUUGAAAAAAAAAAAACAUGUGCUUGAGACAAAGUUUUUUGAUUUUUAAAAAGAUAUCUGGUUUUAAACUUAAUUCCGUCUCACGCAAGAAUCUUGUUUAUCACAUUGAAGGAAAUUUCUCCGUAAUUAUACAUGAACAAAUAAACGCGUUGUCAAAUGAAAUUUGAAUACACUUUAAAAUUUUUUAAAAAAGUUAUUAAGAGUCAGAUAUCAAAUGAA